AUGAAGGAGAUGCAAGCGAUAGAGACGUCGCAGCCGACGGUGGCUCCGGCGGUGCAUAGCCGACAGUUAGGGGCUCAGCUGUCGGGGAGUAUGAGUUUCAGCAGCCAAAUGUCGAAGGAAGACGAAGAGAUGUCGAGGACGGCUUUGUCGGCUUUUAGAGCGAAAGAAGAGGAGAUCGAGAAGAAGAAGAUGGAGAUUAGGGAAAGGGUUCAAGCUCAGCUUGGUCGUGUCGAAGAAGAGACUAAGCGUCUCGCUUUGAUCCGUGAGGAACUUGAAGGUUUAGCUGAUCCCAUGAGGAAAGAAGUUGCUUUGGUCAGGAAGAAGAUUGACUCUGUCAACAAAGAAUUAAAGCCUCUGGGUCAUACUGUUCAGAAAAAGGAACGAGAGUACAAAGAAGCUCUUGAAGCAUUCAACGAAAAGAAUAGGGAGAAGGUUCAGCUAAUCACCAAGCUAAUGGAGUUGGUGGGAGAAAGCGAGAAGAUGAGAAUGAAGAAGCUGGAAGAGUUAAGCAAGAACAUAGAUUCUAUACACUGA